AUGCUGGUCGGGAUUGUGCCUGACAUGUGUCUGCUUAACUAUUAUGUGAAUAAAUCUGGAGAUAGAUCCCUGCCUGAUCACAUUCUUAUCCUCAUUCUUUCUCUUCUGACGAUGAAAGAAGCCAUCAGAAACCUGCAAGUAUUUGUGUGGGUGAAUCAGGUCCUCGCAAUGCACCAGGCACCAACUUUAGAUUAUUUCGCGGUUUGCUUUCAUUUGGAGUCCAGCCAUUCAGCAGACAUUGAUUCCUGGAUUCAGUUUGCGGUGGAAAAGGGUGUUAAACAUCUCAAGCUGGACUGCUGUCAUUUUUAUGACAACUUAAAAGAUUGCCCAAACUAUUCUUUCCAGAUGUUGCAGCCCAGGUUUUUGUCAAGCGUUUUGUUAUUGAAAUCUCUCUCUCAGGAUUAUGUCGACGUCACCUCGGAACAACUUGCUUGUUUCUUGUCGACAUGCAAGUUGCUGGAGACAUUGCGACUCUCCAGGUCAUGGACCCCGACUUAUAUUCAUGUUGUUGGUCCUGAUCCCCUGCGGUUGAAGUUCAUGGACAUAUCCGUUUUGUGGAUCCUCACCUUUCACCUCAAUUGGGCUCCGCAACUUGUCGAUCUAGUCAUGGCUGGAAGAGAAUACCCCAUGCCUUUUGCUUUCCCAACACUAUCGCGAUACUUUGCGCAGCUACAGUCACUUCAGUCAAGUUCUCCUCAGGGCGAUCACCUUCUCCGGAGACUUCCCAAGAUGAAGCACCUGAAGCUCUUGACGUUGGAUAUCCGUGACAGUAUAACCAAAUAUGAUCUCUAUGAAUUAAAUUUCCUAGUAAGGAAGGCUCCUAUCCUGCAGCUCCUAACACUCAUUGGUCACGAUCUCAAGGGGAGCUGGCCCCAGAGAUUGAUAACUAAUCACCAACAUCUGCGGGUGGUUUUGUACAUAGGGUAUCAGGGUUUGAAGGGUGAAGAUCGGCUCACCUUGCAUUUGCUUGGGACCACCGUUUCAUUGAAAAAGCUGAUCAUUGAUUUCCGAGACAUGUUAUUUUUGGGAAGACCAUGGAGGUUUCUGAAUUCUGAGAAGAGAAAAAUAUGGAAGCUGAGAGACUGCACUGAGGAGCUCCGCCGGAUAAUACCUGCAGGAGUUCAACUAGUUAUCAGAUAAAUCAGUAUUUAUCUGAUCUGAGUCUUUAUUGGAAUAUAGUCUGAUCAUUCUAAUAAUUAUGGUUGCACUUAGUGAGGGGUCGCCCCUGCUGCCGCGGGUUUAACUUUAUAAGAAAUAGGUCUUGAACUCGCAGUUGGAUUAUGAUGUCUUUCAGAAUAAUUAUGAUCUCAUUCUCUUUUCGUAAUUUUUUUUUUCUUUCGGUGUAUACCCUGGUAUGCGAAAGCCCAUUAACCCCGACUAAUCCAUUGCGAACCGGGUCUGCCCAUUAAGGGGUAUGGCCCCCGGCGUGAAUUUUCUCCAUCCACGGGAGUCCCAGCAGUAUUCUAGUAAUUGUAGUGUAGUGAAUUUUCAGCUUGAAGACGCGCUGAAACAGGGUCCCAAUUUUCAGUUUCCAGGACUCAAUCUUCUAGUGAGCAAUGGAGUGAAGGUAAGCAUGAUGCGCAUGAGGAGGAAGCUUGCAGCAACAUUUUCUAAAUGAUGAUUAAUGGAGUUAUAAACUUUCCAACUGUGAUUUUAGGUCAACCAAGGGAUAAGCGUCUGUGUAUAUUUGGGAUUUGAUGUAGACCCUUCACAGGACAUUGCUGCUCGUAUUCGUGGACAUUAUCCUUUCUUCUUUUAUCUCUUAUUUCUCUGCUGUAUUUGCUGUUGAGUAUUUGUCAGGGUUUUCAUUGUCGAAAGACAAUCUCUAUUUCUAUUCAUUUUACUUCUUUCUGCUGCAUGCAUUACAUUUAUACUGAGAAUCAUGAUAAAUAAUGCAAAGCUCAUAGCUGAGUUGUCUAAUAAUGCCUAAAAUUGCUGUAUUUUUCAUAUUUUACUGUUAUAUUUUUGCAAAGCUCAUAGCAAAGUUGCUCGAUUAUCGUUUGAAAUUUAUGCAGAAGAUGAUGAAGAGGAGAUUCUAAUGCUUGGAGCUCUCUCUGACAUCUCCAUAAAAUUCGGAGAGAUUGUUUUUCUGUUGGUGGUGGUUCUUCUCUGAAUGCACAAUGUAUAUAUAAAGUCACAUAACGAAUGAAACAGGAGCAACUGUCUCACUCAGAGGGCGUGGUUCAGUAGCUUCUGAGAGCACCAGUGAAGAAGAUCGAGAGCAGCCGCUGCACUUGUUGUUGUCGAGUAACAACCCGAAGAGUCUUGAUGAAGUUGCGUCUGGCAGAACAUCUUUUAGACACAAUCAGCAUUGAGUGUGGUGCCUCCAGGUACUCAUGUUUUAUAUCACAGUGAUAAUAAAUUUUGAAGUCUUGCAGGUUUCAAAGCCACUAAUAGAACGAUGCCCGUGCAUCCUGCAGAAUGUAGUCAUUUUUUGUUCAGAACAUUGAAUUACAAAAUUAUGUGGUAAUCGUGAUUCAAUAUGUCUUCAUAUCAAUUAUAAUUCUAUGCUGGUCAGUUUUCAUAUAGGAGUUAGUUUUACCUUUAAUAAGGCCGUCUUCUAUUCGAAGAAUGGCAAAGAUUCACUACAUAAGGUGAUCUCAUUGUCUUGCAUAGUAAAUGGAACUUUAUCUUUGACCUUUUUUUUUUUGUUUUUUUUGGAUCAAGUCCAGCAGUGCUCUUAUUGAUUAAUCAUUUGAUCCAAUACAAGAGCCCACACUCUCUGGGCCCCUAAAGACAAAGUGCAAAAGCCAACAGGCCUAAAUGGGAGCACGUAGGCUCAAAAGUAAAGGACAUUCAGUCCCUUCAUUACAGUACAUAGCUAAGGUAGCCAUUACUCAGAACAACUCCCCAUGCUGCAAGACUUCUUCUCUGAUGUCCUGCAGUGAUUUUCCUUUGCAAAUUUGGGACAACCAGCAAUCUGCUCCUGAUAGUGUUACCAAUCAAGUUCCACACUCUAUCAGCAGAAGGGACUUCUUGGCAAUGUAGCACAACAUUUCUUUCCUUCCAUUCAAAGUACAAAAAUGCAUGCCAUAACAACUUCAACAAAACAAUAUGAAUGGCCUUUUCCUCUGAGAUUCUUAGAGGUCCAAAAAAGCUUAGUUGACCAGAUUUCCACAAUCCUAUCAACUCCACAUUUCUGCAAUACCUUCUCCCACAAGUGCUUACUGAAAAAGAAAGAGAAAAAUAAAUUAUCUCUGCUCUCCUCUGCUGCACAACAUAGUUUGCAAGUUGUAUCCACCCCCACAUCCCAUUUCUUAACUCUGUCCAUAGUUGCUAACCUAUUAUAUAUGACUAGCCAACUUAUGAAACGAUGCUUAGGCACACUUCGGGUAAACCAAACCAGCUUAUACCAUGGGACCUUCCUGUCCUUUCUUCUGAGUGCAGACCUCUUAAGCCACACCUCUUAACAGGUUGCAAUGGCUCUUAAGCAGUCCCCUUUUUUUGCUUCUGCUUCUGCCCCUGCUACAACUUUACCGAGCACUGGAGCAAAGUCUAGUGCUAGUUCUGGCUCAGAGAAGGAGAAAGAGAAAUGGCCUCCUCAGAAACGGAAAUUUCAUGAAUUACCAGGUGGACAUACUGUGUCCACCAAACUGAAUCAGGUAAUUUUUUCUGACCUUUCGAGCUAACGACCAGAUGCUGGACCUCCAUGCAGGGACUUCUGUUCCUGACACCCUCGUGAGGCUGAUGGAAUAUGGAGACUCGUGAAGCUGAUGGAAUAUGGAGACGAAGAUGACGACCCAGAUGAAAUACCUUCCGCACCACUCAACUCAAGUAAAUUUGACACCCAAAAGCCAUUUUGGGCAGUUUUAAGUUAAAGAGUGGUUAGAAAUGAUGAUUUCAAGUGGGGAAAUGCAUCUCCUAGUGCUGAAGAGUCGAACUGCCGACGAGUUUCUGCAGUGCUAAAAAUCCACCUAAAUCAAUCAACUUAGCGGGCAAUGAAACUUGCAACUUUGGUGGUUUGAGGAUGAGAGACUGAGUUGGUUAUAUGUUAACAUAAGUCUGCAGUGCUUGCUGUAGUUUUAAGCCGGUAUUUGUUGCUAGUAUUUUGGGCUGAAAAAUGUUCGACCUAGGAUCCUCUUUUUGGUUCUGGGAACAUCCGUAUAAAUUUCCAUCUUUGGACAUUAUGUUGUGUUUAGUUUUAGAGUUAAGUAGAAUUGAGUUUUUAUUUUAAUU